AUGGGACAGCAGGAAAGUUCUCUUGGAGCGGCGUCCUCUGAGCCACGUUUGCGCGGGAAUGCAGGGGCCGCCGGUGGAGCGGGAGACAAGCUCCAUGCGACGCCGGGUAUGUUUGUGCAGCAUUCCACUGCAAUCUUCUCCGACCGGUACAAGGGGCAGAGGGUGCUAGGCAAAGGAUCUUUCGGCGAGGUGAUUUUGUGCAAAGACAAGAUCACGGGCCAGGAAUGUGCGGUGAAGGUGAUCAGCAAGCGACAGGUGAAGCAGAAGACGGACAAGGAGUCGCUGCUGCGCGAGGUCCAGUUGCUCAAGCAACUGGACCACCCAAACAUCAUGAAGCUCUACGAAUUCUUCGAAGACAAGGGCUACUACUACCUCGUGGGCGAAGUGUACACGGGAGGCGAACUGUUCGACGAGAUCAUUUCUCGCAAGCGGUUCAGCGAGGUCGAUGCGGCGCGGAUCAUCCGCCAGGUCCUCAGUGGCAUCACCUACAUGCACAAAAACAAAAUCGUUCAUCGCGACCUGAAGCCCGAAAACCUCCUUCUCGAAAGCAAAAGCAAAGAUGCCAACAUCCGCAUCAUCGACUUUGGCCUCAGCACACACUUCGAGGCCAGCAAGAAAAUGAAAGACAAAAUCGGCACUGCCUACUACAUCGCACCCGAGGUCCUCCACGGCACCUACGACGAAAAAUGCGACGUCUGGUCAACCGGCGUUAUUCUCUAUAUCCUUCUUUCCGGAUGCCCGCCGUUCAACGGAGCGAACGAGUACGACAUUCUCAAGAAAGUUGAGAAAGGCAAAUACACAUUUGAACUGCCGCAGUGGAAGAAGGUUUCAGAAAGCGCGAAGGAUUUGAUUCGCAAAAUGCUGACCUACGUUCCCAGCAUGCGAAUCAGCGCGCGCGACGCUCUGGACCAUGAAUGGAUUCAGACGUACACGAAGGAGCAAAUCAGCGUUGACGUACCCUCCCUUGACAACGCCAUCCUCAACAUCCGGCAGUUCCAAGGCACGCAGAAGCUUGCCCAAGCGGCGCUGCUCUACAUGGGCUCGAAGCUGACUAGCCAGGACGAGACGAAGGAGUUGACUGCCAUCUUCCACAAGAUGGACAAGAACGGCGACGGUCAGCUCGACCGUGCAGAACUCAUUGAGGGCUACAAGGAGCUAAUGAAGAUGAAGGGGCAAGACGCCAGCAUGCUCGACGCGAGCGCCGUCGAACACGAAGUUGACCAGGUUUUGGACGCGGUCGACUUUGACAAAAACGGCUACAUCGAGUACUCCGAGUUCGUCACCGUGGCGAUGGACAGAAAGACGCUGCUAUCGCGGGAACGUCUGGAGCGCGCCUUCCGCAUGUUUGAUUCGGACAACUCGGGAAAGAUCUCCUCCUCAGAACUGGCCACAAUCUUUGGAGUGUCCGAUGUGGAUAGCGAGACGUGGAAGAACGUGCUGGCUGAGGUCGAUAAGAACAACGACGGCGAAGUCGACUUUGACGAGUUUCAGCAAAUGCUCCUGAAGCUUUGCGGAAACUAA